AUGAUGCUGUUCAGGGUGCUUGAGUGGACCUGCUUUAUUCACCACACAAGCACCUUCCUAGUCAUUUACCUGCCCUGCCUUACCUUAGCAGCCCCGGAGAAGAGCCCUUUGGAAGAGACAGUCACGGGCAGCUUUGCUUCCUUCAUCCAUGGCAUUCGCCCUGAUCACCUCCCUGAUGUGGUCCGACAUCGGAGCAAGCGAAUGAUCCUCGACAGCAUUGGGGUGGGGCUGGUGGGUAGCACGACCCACGUAUUUGAGAUCGCGCUGCGGUAUGGCCAGGAAACUUACUCAUCCAGCCCCAUUAGCUCGGUCUAUGGAAGGAAAGGUUUGAAGGUGUCUCCUCCUCUGGCGGCGUUUGUCAAUGGCGUGGCGGCUCAUUCAAUGGACUUUGAUGACACUUGGCACCCAGCCACUCACCCAUCGGGGGCUGUUGUACCUGCUCUCCUGGCGGCCUCCCAGAUGUUGCCAGUGGCUUCCAGACCCAGCGGCCUUGACUUCCUCUUGGCUUUUAAUGUGGGCAUCGAGGUUCAAGGGAGGCUCCUGCACUUCUCUCAUGAAGCUCACAACAUUCCCAAGAGGUUCCACCCUCCUUCGGUAGUUGGCACAAUGGGCAGUGCUGCUGCCUCAGCCAAGCUCCUGUCCCUCAACGCAACCCAGUGUGGCCAUGCUUUGGCGAUUGCAGCUUCCCUGGCAGGGGCACCCAUGGCGAAUGCUGCCACCUCAGCCAAACCCUUGCAUAUUGGCAACGCCACUCGCCUGGGCCUAGAGGCAGCCCUCCUAGCAGCCCGUGGGCUGGAGGCCAAUCCGCUCAUCUUGGAUGAUGUCCCCGGCUGCGCGGGCUUCAGUGCUUUCUAUAGCGACUACCAGCCCAGGCCACUAAGCCUGCCAGCAAACAGCUUUGGAUUCCUUCUGGAGAGGCAGGACGUUGCGUUCAAGAGCUACCCGGCGCAUUUGGGAAUGCACUGGGUGGUGGAGGCAGCCCUUUCGGCCAGGAACCUUUUACUCAACAAUUCCGGCUCUCUCUCUCCCUCUGCGAUCCGCACCGUCAUCCUGAGAGUUCCAGUAUCCAAGUACAUCAACAGGCCCUUCCCUGCAUCUGAACACGAGGCCAGGCACUCGUUCCAGUUCAACGCCUGCUCGGCCCUCUUGGAUGGCCAACUGAACAUCUCUUCUUUCAGCGACGGCAACAUCUCCCGCCAGCAGCUAACGCAGCUGCUCUCCAAGGUGGUGGUGGAACACCCGGAGGACAACGUGGCCAACUUCGACAAGAUGUACGCGGAGGUGGUGCUGAUCCUACGGAAUGGAGACAUCCUGACCGGCCGAUGUGACACCUUCUAUGGGCAUUGGAGGAAACCCCUGAGCAGAGGAGCGCUCCUGAGGAAGUUUCGAUCCAAUGCAUCUCAAGUGCUUCCAGAAGACAAUGUGGACAGCGUUGUCAAAAUGGUGGACAACCUGGAACAUCUCUCAGAUAUUUCUUUCUUGGCUUCUUGCCUGUAA